AUGUCAGCACAAACAUAUGCCCCCCGCACAGCGGUUGUAAGCCGCAACACAAACGAGACAAAAGUCAAGAUCGCCCUCUCGCUCGACGGCGGCUCAUUGGAGACCCUCCUUGAGGCUACCCCCGGCGCGACCGACACCGCACACGCAACGCAGGCAUCAAGCUCACAGACCAUCGCCGUCAAUUCGGGAAUUGGGUUCCUGGACCACAUGCUACAUGCGCUCGCGAAACACAGCGGAUGGAGUCUGAGUCUUGUCUGCCAGGGUGAUCUUCACAUCGACGACCACCACACAGCCGAGGACUGCGGAAUUGCGCUCGGCGAAGCCUUCAAGAAGGCCCUGGGCCCCAUCCGUGGCUACAAGCGAUUUGGGAACGGGUUUGCACCGCUGGACGAGGCGCUGUCGCGCGCGGUGGUGGACCUGUCGUCACGCCCAUUUGCCGUGGUUGAGUUGGGAUUGAAGCGGGAGAAGAUUGGCGACUUGUCGUGCGAGAUGAUCCCGCAUGUGAUGGAGUCGUUUGCGCAGGCUGCGGGAAUCACCAUGCACGUGGAUUGCCUGAGGGGAUUCAAUGAUCACCAUAGGGCGGAGAGCGCAUUUAAGGCAUUGGCGAUUGCGGUGAGGGAAGCGACGACGAGGACUGGGGGUGAUGAGGUGCCGAGUACGAAGGGUGUGUUGUAA